AAGCUGCUGUGCUUUCUUGUGGUACCUUCACUGUCUGCCACCAUGUCCUUCUCUGGAAAGUAUGAGCUGCAGUCUCAGGAGAACUUUGAGUCUUUCAUGAAGGCCAUUGGUCUUUCUGAUGAGCUCAUCCAGAAAGGUAAAGACCUCAAGAGUAUUUCUGAGAUUGAGGAAAAGGGUGACAACUUCAAAGUGACUGUCACAACUGGCACAAAGGUCCUUGUUAAUAUCUUCACCAUUGGACAAGAGGCUGAGCUGGAGACAAUCACUGGAGAAAAAGUCAAGUCGGUGGUUCAUCGUGAAGGCAACAAGCUGAAGGUCACUCUAAAGGGAAUAGAGUCGGUCACAGAACUGGUGGAUGGGGACACGAUUGUUAACACACUGACUCUGGGUGACCUUGUAUACAAGAGGACAAGCAAGAGAGUGUAAAUGUCUCACAUGGGAUAAUAAAAUGUAAGCUGCAAAACUG